AUGUUUGAAAAGACAUUGACUGACCUGAUUAGAGGAUUACGUGCCAAUAAGAAGAAUGAGGACAAAUAUGUGGCCCUGUGUCUGGACGAGAUACGCCAAGAAGUGCGUAAAAAUGACCCAGACAUCAAGGCAAUGGCUAUUUCUAAACUGAGCUAUUUACAUAUGAUGGGAUACGACAUGAGUUGGGCUUCCUUCCAUAUUAUCGAAGUCAUGUCCUCGCCAAAGCUACCAUACAAGAGAAUUGGUUAUUCUGCUGCUGCUUAUUCCUUCAAGCAAGAUACGGAUGUCCUUAUGCUAUGUACAAAUCUCAUCAAGAAGGACUUGUCGUCAAACAAUCACUUAGAAACAGCUGUCGCAUUGGGUGGAUUGGCCAUGAUUGUCACUCCUGAUUUAGGACGUGAUCUGACGCAAGACUUGAUUGUCAUGUUAACGCAUUCACGACCAUACCUUCGAAAACGAGCAAUUCUUGUCUUGUACAAGGUCUUUCUGAAAUAUCCGGAAGCUCUACGUAUGGCAUUUCCGAGAUUGAAGGAAAAACUAGACGAUGCCGAUCCUUCGGUGGUAUCAGCUGUCGUGGGUGUGAUUUGUGAGCUUGCACGAAAGAAUCCAAAGAACUAUUUGCCGCUGGCUCCUCAAUUGUAUGGAUUGUUGACCAAUUCUUCAAACAACUGGAUGCUCAUCAAGAUCAUAAAACUGUUUGCCGCUUUAGCUCCCAUUGAACCACGGCUAGUGAAAAAGCUGAUUCCUCCUAUCACCAAUUUAAUUCAAAGCACACCAGCAAUGUCUCUAUUGUACGAGUGCAUUCUUACAAUUAUAACAGGCGGUAUGAUAUCUCCACCAUCCGAUGAUCCUGAAGUAGAGAGAACAGAUCUUGCCUUGACCCAUCUAUGUGUGACGAAACUUAAGUUGUUUAUAGAGGAUCCAGAUCAGAAUUUAAAAUAUUUGGGAUUAUACGCCCUGUCGAAAUUAUUGCCGAUUCGGCCGGCUGCUGUGGCAGAUCAUCGUGAUAUUGUUAUUCGGUGUCUGGACGACGGAGAUAUAAGCAUUAGAAUGAGAGCACUAGAUUUGGUCUCGGGAAUGGUCUCGCAAGAGAAUCUUGUCGAUGUGGUGCGAAAGCUCAUGACUCAUGUGCUGCCUACGCAAGCAGAAGACCAGCCAACACAGUCUGUCUCACUUGGACUGGGCCCAGCAGAAUUGUCUUACCGACAAGAAGUUGUCAAUCGUAUCAUUGCAAUCUGCUCCCGUGAUACUUAUGCAGACAUUACAAACUUUGAAUGGUAUAUAGACACUCUGGCUCAAUUAAUCCAGGCUUCAAACGUCAGAGUCGGACAACUAAUUGGACAGCAAAUGUUGGAUGUAGUCGUUCGAGUCACUGAAGUCUCUGAACAUGCAGUCAGUGUAGCUAAUAGUCUUUUGCUAGAGUCAGAUAUACUAGCCACCAUUGAGAACGAGCUGAAUAAUAUUGACGUAUUGUACGCUUUGGCUUGGAUUUGUGGAGAGAAUUGUCGGUACUUGUCGCAGCCCACUGCAGUACUGCGACAUAUGCUUUUGCCAGCUGUGAAGAGGCUGCCAGUCGUUAUUCAAUCUGUAUAUAUACACAAUGCUAUGAAGAUUUUCUCGUAUUGGAUCAAUAUGCCAUCAACCAAGGAAGCUCCAAUAGACGAGCUCAAGGCCAUUACCAACAUGACACUGGAAGGCUUGGCACUGUUUACCACGAGUAUAGACCUUGAAGUUCAAGAGCGGGCAUGUACCAAUCACACCAUCUUGUCGUUGGUAGCCCAUCAGAUCACGUCAGAUGAGCUUCCGCCCAUUAUAUCAGAGCUACCACAACUCUUCCUUGGUGACUUCAAGCCUGUAAAUCCCAAGGCUCAAAAGCGAGUGCCAAUUCCAGAAGGCCUGGAUCUGGAUAAAUGGAUUCAUGCACCACCAGCAGAGCCUGUGUUCGAGGAAAAAGAUGAGCCAGAUGUUUAUUCAUUGUUGGAUCCGGCGUCCAAGAAGGGAUAUCAAGAGCUCAUUGAAGAUGAUGAGACCAUCGAGACGAGACGACGAGAACGAGACGAGUUGCGAAAACGAGAUCCGUUUUACAUACCUGGCUCAUCGCAGUCUUCUCCAACAUUGCUUCGAGAUGAUCUAGACAUAGAUUCAAUACCCAUAGUCAAACUUAAUCUAGAUUCCUUACCACAGUCAAAUAGUAGUAGCAGCAAACCGAAAAAGACCAAAAAGUCGAAGAAGUCAACAGCCAAAGAGCUUUUUCCUGUUGGACCUGCAGUCCCGAAGAAGAGUUAUAAUAUCAAUAGAGCAUCAGAUAUGCCAGAUGGUGCUGCAGAUAGGGAAGAUGAUGAUGCAUCAGCUGCUGAACUUCAAAGAAGACGCCAACAGGAUCCGGAAUGGAGAGUGCAUGAGAUUGAUUUAUUUGCUCCUGAGCCUGAAGUACCCGUAGAACAGACCCCCAUUACUACGGCAAUGAAAUCCAAAAAGUCAAAAGAGAGUAGUAAUAUAGAAACGGAUCAAGUAAAGAAAAAGAAAAAGACUGCAGGCAAGCAGGAUGAUGGUAAAGGCAAUGGCACUAAACCCAAAAAGAAGAAGAGAAUAGCUGCGAUUGCUUCUCCACCGCCACCUGCUAGCAGUUCAACACGUCCAUUAUCUGGAUACGAAGCCCUGUCGUCGCCAGUCGCUGCUCCAUUGGAUGUAACACCCGCAGUUGAGAGGAGAGAUAGACCACUCGCCAGGGUGGUUGCAAGCGACACCAACCUCACGGUAAACGUCGACUGGACUACCACUACAACUUCAGAGCCUGGCAAGAUACCGAUACGUGUAACUCUAGGUCUCCUGAAUACGUCACCAGGUUUACUAUCAGAAGUAGAAUUCCACUUUAAUGAUCCGCCCAAUGCCACUGCAGAGUCUGGUAAUCCGACCAUCAAGAUUGAUGGGUUUGUCACUAGUCGAUACGAAACGUAUCUGGAUUUAGAUUUGACGGGAUUGAUGGAGGGUGAAUCAAAAUCAUGUGCUCCAAUAGCAAUCGACUCUGGUGUAGUUUACAAGAUUGGAAAUUCGAUGCAACGUGUUAGCUUCAGCUUGGUAAUUCCAGCAACAAUUAACUUCAUACCGAUGGAAAAAGUCACCUCGGAACUAUUUACAUCGCUGCUCGCCGACUCUAACUUAUUCCCAUACACCGCAUCCACUCAAUUCGCCAUUCCCGAUCUCGCUAAAUUCCCAAGUACAGCUACAUCUUUAGCAGCAUAUCUGAGGCUCUCUGUAGUGGAAAUAGUAGGAGCUGGAGUCUCCAUCCUUGGACGAGCUCAUAAUAGCUAUGUCGCUGGGCUCAUUAAAGGUCGUCCAAAGCCAGCAAAACCAGGAGCCUCUGCUACAUCAGGUGUAGUUAGUGUGGAAUUGAAGGGAUCGGAUCGUGCGUUGAUUGAUGCUAUAUUGGAGGAAAUCUCGGAUUAUGGAGUUGCAUCACUGGAAUAA